UUUUCCUCAGAGAGGGUGGGCUAUCUGAGGUCCAGGGCUAGUUUCUGCUUUUCACAGAUUUGGAUUCCUGCUCCAUGCUGUCUAGCUGGGCUUCUUUCUUUCUUUCUGUUGGGAAUUGUGUCUCUUCACAGAUCUAGGGCUAAACCAGUUCCUUGCUUAGGUAGCUAGACUCCAGUCUCACAUAAAACUGUUCGCUAUGGUCUGCACUGAUUGACAGGGCUGUUAGGCUCAUCUUGGAUAAAAUAAAGGGGAUGCUUUGAAUUCUGACUCUGUUCCUAGAAGAGGGAAAAAGGAUUACGGAAUGGAUAGGACUCGUUUCUCGGUAUGCGGUGGGAAAAUCUGGCUAUUCAGUCACACAGAAUGAGGACCAAUGUAUACUGGUGUGAGGCAACUGUAAUACUUGAUGACUAUUAUCAUCACAUUCAGACAUCUGAACUGUGCACAGCCAACAAAAUGAUUACAACUGCUGAAUAUGGAGGCUAUCAGUGGAUAAAAGUGACUGAUCCUAUUUAUUUUUCUCAGCUUAACAACUGAUGGUUAUCUUCUGCAACAUCCUCGUCAGAAUCCAGUGGGGAAAUAGAUAAAUGCAAAAGUAAACAAAACUGAUGCAACAAUUUUAAAGAGGAGGACAUCUGUCAUCAUCAGAAUGAAAGAACAAAGGACAGAAUAUAUAAACAAAUACUUUAAUGGCACUGAAAAUGAACUGAAAGCUCCUACACACACUAAGAUCAUUGUUAAUCUUUUCGCACAUGGUGGCUAUGAUUUAAAGGAGAAAACAGCAGAUUAAAGGUGCAACUAUAUCUGGUAAUUAUUCCACAUUAGCUGUGACAUUUGGAGAUGAAGGAAAUGUGGACAUCUAAAUAUGUUCCCAUUCAAGACAACCAGAAAAUAUCAGUUGUUUGUUAGUCUUAACAUUACUUUGAGGAGGCGAACACAUUAAAUGAUUUAUAUCUGGCAACCACAACUGUGUUAGAAGGAACUGAUUAGAGAAUCAAAACCCAGUGAUGCAUCGAUUGUGAAUUCAUGACUGUUCGCUAAAAGCGCACCAUAUUCCAUAUUAUGCAUUACCUUCUGUCUGAGACUGUUAUUAUUUCAAGUGGUAGAUCAAGAUCACACCAGAAAGCCGGCUAUUGUUUAACAUGGAUACUUUCAGACACUGCAGAGCACCGACAGUGACCAAAUAAAGAAUCACAAAAUGCCUGUUAACUUACGAUUUUUGCUCUUCUUCUGAAGAGUUGACUGUCAGCUGACAUAAAACCAACUUCACAUCUGGUAAUGAAGUACAGCAGGACCAGUCCUGGAGAUGCCGAAGAGAAGAGAUAUCUUGGCUAUCGUGUUGAUAGUUUUACCUUGGACUCUCCUUAUCACAGUUUGGCACCAGAGUACAUUAGCACCACUUCUUGCUGUACACAAAGAUGACGGGAGUGAUAGCAGACGAGACUUUACACAGGGUUUAGAUUCUAAAGAAUACUGUUCACCUGACAAGGACAUUGUGGAAGUAGUAAGGACAGAGUAUGUUUACACACGGCCACCUCCUUGGUCCGAUACUUUACCAACUAUUCAUGUCAUCACCCCCACCUACAGCAGGCCUGUGCAGAAAGCAGAACUCACACGACUUGCUAACACAUUUCUGCAUGUACCAAAUCUACACUGGAUUUUAGUGGAGGACUCACAACGGAGGACAUCACUGGUGACAAAGCUUCUCAGAGAAACAGGACUAAAUUAUACACAUCUGAAUGUAGAAACACCACGUAAUUACAAACUGAGGGGGGACAUGAGGGAUCCUCGUAUUCCUAGGGGAACAAUGCAAAGGAAUCUAGCCCUGCGAUGGCUUCGGGAGACAUUUCCUGUAAACAGCACUGACCCAGGGAUUGUAUACUUUGCUGAUGAUGACAACACAUACAGUCUGGAGCUCUUCGAAGAGUUACGUUCUACAAAAAAAGUGUCAGUAUGGCCGGUGGCUUUCGUUGGUGGACUGCGCUAUGAAUCACCCAAAGUGAAUGCUGCAGGAAAAGUAUAUGGCUGGAAGACAGUGUUUGAUCCACACAGACCAUUUGCUAUUGAUAUGGCAGGUUUUGCAGUGAAUGCAAAACUGAUUCUACAGCGACCGCAGGCCUACUUCAAGCUAAGAGGGGUGAAAGGAGGGUACCAGGAAAGCAGUUUACUUCGAGAGCUGGUGACAUUAAAUGAUUUAGAACCUAAAGCAGCUAAUUGCACUAAGAUACUAGUCUGGCAUACUCGGACAGAGAAACCAGUAUUAGUUAAUGAAGGAAAAAAGGGAUUCACAGAUCCAAACAUUGAAAUCUGAUAUCAGAUGCAGAUUGUCACUAUUUUGGACUCACUGAAAUACCCUGAUUUGAUUUGCUACAGCAGUGGACAUUAUGAAGCCUGACAGAAGCACUAAGUGUGAAACUUUACAAAUAAUUGUAUGCAGCAAUUAUUUUUUUAAAAAGCACAGUAACAAAAGAUGACAAUAUUUAUAACAAUGACAUGAACUCUAUAAGUGGGCAAGAAAAUGUUGUUGUAUGUUUGUGUGGUACAAACAAGGAGAUGUUGAGAUUCUGAAGCAACACCACCUAAUGCAUGAAUAUCCAAUGGGAUACAGAAAAGCUGUACUUGAAGCCCUUGAAUAACAAUUAAGCCCUGUUGAGAAGUGGUGACCUUGCGUCUUGUAAUCAUUUUGGGAAACAUGUUACUCAAAAUUAAACAGUUACAAGACGAAUUACAAAUCAGUGUCACUAAAACAAUUCAUACCAACCUCAGCUCUAAAUGUUAUUACAGCACCGUUGUUUCCUGGUACAGUAUCUUGCAGACUUUCUUCAUCCAUAUGCUGAAUUACUACCGAAGGAAAGAAGAAGGAAGACGCAGAAUAAGGAUAGAUGCUAUAAUCUACCAAAAUACCUUUUAACAAGCUUUUGAGAGAUUCCUGCAUCUUAAAAUAUGUUACACGAGUUUUUAUUGCCUGAAUUAAUUUGUUGAAUGUUUACAUGUAUGCAACCAUGUUCCUAAUUAAUGUAACAGCUCACAAACUUCAUUUUUGUAAUUUGUCCAUGUUCCCACAGACUAGUUUGUCUAAACAGAGUUUAGGAGUCCAUGAUGUAGGCAGCAUGUGACAGUACAUAAAAUAUUUUUACCAGUAUUCAAGAGGAUGACUUUAGUAACUAGAAGUGCGCUCUACAUUUCUUUAUCAUUCUUUAACUUCUUAUAUUUUUUGUUGUUUUUAUUUAAGGAAAAACUUUGAACGCUACAAUGAUUAAAAUAACAGUAACAUGCUUCAGUUUUGGGUUUUAUCCAAAAGAUGUAUUUAUUUAUUUAAGAAGCAGUUGGGUGGGCUGAUCUAAAGAUCCUUUUCAUUGACGACCUGAAAAAGAAGUAUAUUGGUCAUUGUUCUUUAUUGUCCAUUGUAAAUAUUUCCCUUUUCAAAUAGGUCCACAUGGCAUUUUACUGUAAAAACCUAAUGUUGACUAUAAUUUGAAGUUCUUCACAAAUACGAUGUUAAAGGACCUUCUAACUAAGGAAGAGAAAAUCAGCAGACAGUAGUUUGUAACUGGCAUAUAUUUAAUGUAAAUCACAUCUACAGGCAUAGAGCUUAUGUUUGGCAGGCAGCCGUUAGGUCUUGUAGUUUGUUACAUCCUCUAGUCCCACCUACCUAUAACAGCAUACUUGAAAGAAAAAUAUAUUAAUGAAUAGAUGUUUUUCUAAGCUAAGACAUAUGAUUGUCCCUAGUAAAUGUUCACUUAAAUACAUUCGAUAAUUUAAAGGAAAACUGAUAAUCCAAACUAAAGCAUACAUACAAACUAUCAAAAAAUAUAUGAAAUCAUCCACAUAUUAGUUAGUGUUCAUUUUGCAAGACCAAUACAAUAAUCCAUUUCCUGUUUUUUUUUUUAUUUCUAGAUCCUCCUUCCUCUUUGGCAUGGCAUUCAUUAAAGUAUGAAUAAUUAAUCUAGUCAUAGAGUUGUGUGGGGAUUCAGUCUCUCGCUUACACUCACCUACUGGAAACGUUAUGUGUAAGCAGAUUUAAGAUUAAUGUAUUGUACUACACUGCUGGGUUCAGAAAUAAAACAGAAGUAUACAUUUUAAAAAAAUGCUGUGGAAUGAAAGCUGAAUUUACCAUAAUCCCCUCCAUUUUUGAAUUUCGGCAUUAUUUAUUUUUAAAUACUGCACUUCAGUUUUCUUCUUAGAUUUGUUAUAUAAAAACUCUUAAAGCAAAAUCAAAAAGUAAAACUGGACAAAAUGAAGUAUAAGGGCAUUUUAACUAAGUAUUAUAAAUGUGAACCAUACAGAAAAGAAAAACUCUACAGAGAAAAGGAGCCCUCUACAUAUUUCAUUUAUCUUGCAAUUUCUAUUAUAAACAGUUUGCUGGCUUUAUAAGCUCCUUAAAGUAGAAUUCAUACACAAAAAUGGAACCCUGUCUUAAAAGGGGUGUAAGUUGGAACAGAAGAAAACAAUAUGCUGCAUUAUCAUGCACUGGUUGUAAAUGCUGAUCAUCUACUGACCUCACUAUAUUGAACACUUCCAUCAUUAAGGACAUCCCUGAUCAGGGAAAAACUCACUUCUAAUCCUCUGUGGGGAGGAUACAUUAUUGUUACUGCCACAUAUUGGUGUUGCAGUGCAGUUCUAAUACUUCCUGCCUGAUGCUUGAUCAAUUGUCAUAAAGAGGUGGACCAGCCAAGUCCCCCCCCCCCCGCAGUCAUAAAAGGUUCACUGUAGACAAAGAAUAAACAUGCCAAUUUCUGCAAAAGGAAAUACAUAAUCAGCAUUAACUUUUCAAAUAAUGUCAAAACUAAUAAGGAAAAACAGAAAAUAUGUAAUCUUCAACCACUCAUUACAGGCAUUUUACAAUUUGAGUUUUGUUUCACUCAGAGAACUUUCAGGUACUUAUAAAUGGCUGAAAAAAAGACCACAAAUGCAUUUUGUUUCAUUUUUAACAAGCAAAUGUGAACAGUUUUGAAAUAAAACAAGGUAACAGGGUACUGUGAAUAUAAAAGCUGUUGCACAUGAAAAUGUCCUUAAACUGAGUACAUACCAUUUAUGUUUUAGUAAAUGGGUGCAAACAAUCAUUUUAUCAGUGACUUAAACUAAUGUGAAUAAUUAAAAAAACAGGUGAUAUAGAAGUUUUAUGAAUGUGAAAGAUGUUCAGCAUAAAAUUAUCUGCAACUGAAAGACAUUUAAAAUACAAGUUCCAUGGAGUUGUUUUAUAAAUGGGUGAAAAUGCUUCCCGUGAUGGCAUGUUAUAUAACUGGAUUUCUUUAUUAGCGAAAAAGUUAUACUUGCAUUGUUCUCUUUUUCAGAAACAUAAUGUUUUUGAAGAUCCAGCUAGAAAGUACAGUUGUGUAAGGUGCUUUUAUUAUUACAGUAAUUGUUCAGGGAGAAGUCAUGUAACAGUAAAUCAAAACAUUUGGCUUUACCUACCUUUUAUUUUCCACAAUCAGGUUUUUCUAGUAGUGAUUCUCCAGGGAAGUAUAUUUUGAAUCAUUCUCACAUAGGUGGUGAUGCAGGUGGCAUGAAACUCCAAUAUUACUGUAUUACUGACUUCUCAUUUGCUUCUGUUUUUGAGUAACAAUCCCCUAUUGAGAUAUGGACUUGUAAAGUGCAAUAUAGCAGUGUUGGGAUUGUUGUUAGCAUUAUUAAAAACAAGUCGAACCCAAGAAACAUUUUACAGCUUAUAGGACCAUAGAAACUUUGUACACCUUUCCAACAGCGUGAUGGAGGAAGGGAAGUUUUACCCCAGGAUUACUUCCCGUGAAGAUCUAUGGUUAUGUUAAAUACCUCACACAGUUGUACUAAUCACUUCCGGGACUGCCACUUAAUAGUAAAUCGUAACAGGUAGAAUCCUGUGGUGGACAGUCAGAAGAUCCCUUGUAGCAUAUCUUUAUGAAAAUCUGUCCUGACCAUGGUCUAUGAUUCCUUUUGUAGUAUUUGGUAAAAGUCUGGAUAGGAGGCUAUGUGUCAGCUUUCAAAAUAACAUGUACAAAAAUGUGUAACUAAGCUGCUGAAUGUUUGGCUUACCUAGUAAAAUGUAUUCUGCAGUGCCCUGCAAAGGGUUUUAGCACUUACCAUAGCAAAAUGCAAUAUUAUGGUUACCCCCUACUCCUUUAUUUUAAAAUAAAUAUUCAAUUGCUGUGACUUUCUGAAAGCAUGAAGUUUUUCUGGGACAGUUUCUUAGCUAACUGCACACAACAACAGGUUUAGAAAAGACCAAUAACUGGAUGGCCUGAUCUGUAGACACUGCUCCCCAUUAUGGUACUAAUUAGGGUAAAAGGCUAGUAACUGGAUGGCCUGAUCUGUAGACACUGCUCCCCAUUAUGAUACUAAUUAGGGUAAAAGGCUAGUAACUGGAUGGCCUGAUCUGUAGACACUGCUCCCUGUUAUAGUACUAAUUAGGGUAAAAGGCUAGUAACUGGAUAGACUGAUCUGUAGACACUGCUCCCCAUUAUGGUACUAAUUAGGGUAAAAGGCUAGUAACUGGAUAGACUGAUCUGUAGACACUGCUCCCCAUUAUGGUACUAAUUAGGGUAAAAGGCUAGUAACUGGAUAGACUGAUCUGUAGACACUGCUCCCUGUUAUAGUACUAAUUAGGGUAAAAGGCUAGUAACUGGAUAGACUGAUCUGUAGACACUGCUCCCUGUUAUAGUACUAAUUAGGGUAAAAGGCUGGUAACCAAAUGGACUGAUUUGAGGAGACUGUUUUCCAUUAUGAUAUUAAUUAGAGUAAAACAAUGGUAACUUGUUGGACUGAGUUGGAGAAAGACUUUUUUUUUUUUUUUUGACACACAUAUUACAGCUUGUAAUUCUGAAUUCAUUCUCCUUAAUGUCGCAGCAGGUAGUCUUCGCCUAGAUAGCUGCUAAAUGGCUCCUGUCUCAACCUGCUCCAAGUCAGGUAAUUUCAGCUUCUUCAGCACAAAAUUCAAAUUCUAUGGAGGGGCAAUAUGUCUCUUUGAAGUACUUAUAUGCUGGUCACCUCUUAAGAAGGCUGAGCCAGAUGGGCUGGCUGACGCACAACCAGAAAUGGUGGUGACAUGUACUUUGAUGUAUAGAUAUGCCAGGUUAGAAUCAAACACAUGAGCUGAGUCAUCUGUUGUUCUAGGACUUGAAUAGUUCAAGUGGUCUGUCUCCUACUGGAAAUCCAUGACAGAUCUUUUCUCCUUUUAACUUUGUAGGUAAGGUUCUCUUAUAUUAGGUGUCAUGGCUUCCUUUGUGAUGUUUAGCAUUGUAUGGAAAAGAAGUCAUUGGGAGGUACUGAGAGCUUUAGUGUCGAGCCUGUGGUACAGGACUUUUUAGUAAAGGUUUGCGCAGAGGUAAGAGUCAAGUUGCACAAAUGACAGCUUUGUCAAAACAGAGAACUAUGCUUGUCUUGGCAAAGAAGGAGUUGUUUGGCUAAUGUUACCUUUGCCAUGUUUGGAGUAGUACUGCAAUGGCAAAAAAUAAGAUCCAAGUCCAUAAGAAUGAGAACACUUCUAUUUUAUAAACAGACUAUUUCUGACAUGCUGAUGAUAUGAAUGGUGUGCAAGUUCAAUUUAUGUUCACAAUCCAGAGUUGUUUGCUUACUGAGAGAAAUUUUUAAGUCUGUUCCAAAGCUGGGCACACUCUCUGUCUUUGUGAAGUUUAAAGCCAUUGUUUCCCCUUUGUUUGCCAAUAUAGAACAUCACUGUGGUAUUGUUUGCUACAUCCUUAAGGUAACCCAGAAAGAAGGUGCAGAAGGCUGCAGUGGCUUUGUAAUGUGUAUUCAGUUCUUUUAGGAUAUUGUGUCAAGACUUUACUUAGUAAGACCAACUGCCUUGUACUGCUAAACUGUUGAAAUGGGCUUUCUCUCCAAGCAAACGCUAAAGACUCUGUUAUCAACUGUUGUAUUACCAGAUAGGGAUUCGAGGACAUUCCUUUGCACAGACUAUAUGGGGCCAUCCACAAAAGGAGUUCUCCCUCUGGCUUCUAAGAGGAAUUAUUAUCCUGAAGGUGUUCAAAACCUAAUUUCAAACAUUUUGAGGGUCUAUUGUGGGACUGCAUUGUGGAGGCCUGUAGGAAGGGACUAGAAAAUUGCAUUAUAUCCCAAGGCUUUUAGGUGCUGCCUUCUAUGACGUUUCAAAUCUAGUUUGCUUCUAUGACUGUACCCAGAAAGAGUGCUGAUGUUGCAGGGUCGAGGGUGAUUUAUUGUCAUUUACUGUGAGCUCUAAAGACUGUCUCAAAAAAAAAAAAAGGGAAAAGUACUUAUGUUUUAUUCUCUCAGAUGUGCAAAUAUUAUACCGAAACAUUUGGUAAAUACAGUCCUCUGAAAAGCCCAAAUAGAAGAGGAAAGAACUGAAACUGGUGAUUACCCAGUUGAAACUUGAGGUUACUUCCUGCAAGGUGCAAUUAAGUACACAUCAUCCAUGUUCAACAGUGUAGUCUGUGUUGUUGUCCAGAAUACAAGUGCUUAGGUUCAGUUGGUGUCAAUGUGUCAGAAUUUUUAGGAUCAAGAAGAGUCUGGAAUAAGAGCUACCAAUUAUCCAUCAACUGUAAAGCCUGGGUUAUUUGACAUGAUGAAGUAAUUGGAAAGUGAGAAGUUUGAGGUUUCUAAAGAAAUUCUACAAUGUAACCUUAAGCUAUUAUUUUUAAAACCUACCUGUUUAUGGUGAUCAGUUGCUGAAAGUUUCCUCCAAGGGGAAAAGGGGAAUGGGAAGGCAGAUCAAUCAGUAUGUAGGUACUUUAAUUGUGUUGGUGUUUUCCUUUCCUUACAAUCCUAAUGUGACUGGUGGCAGAUUCCGUGUUGGGUCUAUAGUGAUUCAUGUAAAAAUCACUUAAUCAAAAAAAAUGUUUCCAGGGAACAAACUUCCCAAACCUGCUAAUUUACAACUUCAAGAUUGCACAACAGUGGGAAUAGCCCACUAUGUGAGAUCUUGCAAAGAACACCCACAUUUCAGCAUACCUAUUCCUGUGUAAAUGGGUCUAACCCAGCAUUCACUUAACAAUAAUAUUAAAAAAAAUAAAUUAAUUAAUCUAUAUGGUCAAAAAUACAUUAGACUAUCAGUCAAACAGUGCAAUACAUAAAAUCCAAACUUACAGCAAAUGUAUUUAGACCAAAUAAAUGGAAUCCUCUUUCUCCAGGUUACCUUUCGUGCUCUGGCUCUGAGACUGCUGGAUGGAUGCUUGUUUUUGGUAAAAAGGUCUCUUGAUAGCGGAGUAAUUUCUUUGACAUAGAGGGGUAGGUGCUUGAUAAAUUUCUACUACUGAAGAUCUCAUCUUACCUUUCUUUUCCAAGUCAUUAAUAACACCAUCUGCUGGUAGCUCUCAACUCCAGAUUUGCCCCUCAUAUUUUUGAUCUAUUUUUCAUAAAAUGAAAGUUGUUUAUUUACCAUAAUGUUAGAUCCAUGUUGUCUGAAUUUCAUCUGCUUCAAACAUAUGGGUUGUUGGAUCUGACCGCAGUGCCGACUUCGAAAUUUUAUCAGAUCCAGAGCUCUGACUCCUCCCCUACCCAUUAUUUGCUAAGCUCUACCUCAGAUGAUCAGAUUGAGUUUGCCCUCCAUAUUCUGUAAAACAUGGCAACAUACUACCUAAGAUGAACAAUCUUAAAAUGAACCCCUUAAUUUAGACAAUCCCAAUUUGUUCAGGAAUAGUGGGUACAUUUCCAUAUGACUAUACACAGACAGAGAAAAAAAUCCACUCAAUUUCAAAGCCAUAUGUGACAAUUUGGAAGGGGGUAGAUGAGAGGCAGUUUGAAGUGAAUGAAAAUUACACAAUAUGGCUCUAACGUUAUGUUAAGUACAUAACUUUCAUAUCGUGUUGUCUAUUUGCAUGUUUCAAACAUAUGGAACAGAAUCCUACCUAAGCUGCCAAUCUGAGCAGUAACAAGGAAGGACAUUCCCGAGUAUGCUGGACUCAAAGAAGGAACAUGAUCUGGAUAUAAUGUCCAGCUUAUAGUGAGAGACAAAGGUGUGUACUGUAGCCAGGUAGCUGUGGCACAAAUGUCAUCAAUGGAUAAAACUCUAAAUAUUGUCAAGGCAGAAAAUGCUCUGGUUGAAUGGGUUUUUAGAUUUACUCAGUAAGGGUAAAUUUCUCUUAUUAUAUACAAAAGAAAUGCAAUCUGAGAGCCAACUGGAUACCAUAACCUUAGUAACUGCCUUCCCCAACUUUUGUUUAGAAAAAGAAAUGAACAAUUGAUCUUCCUUUCUAAAUUCUUUUGGCCAGUGGAUAUAGAAUCUGAGCUGCCUGUAACAUAUGCAGUAAGUAUUCUUCUUUGUUUGAAUACCUUGGAAAAAAACAAGCAAAUGUACUGAAUGAUUUACAUUAAGUUAGGGUGCCAGUUCAGGAAAAAAAAUGUUAGUUCUAAGGGAAACUAUCUUUGUGGAACACUAAAUAAGGUGGCUUAGAUGACAGGGCCUGUAGCCUUGAGCUUCAUCUGGCUAAUGUCACUGCCACUAAAAAAAUGUUUUCCAACUAAAGAAUUUUACAUCUGUAGUGGUAGUAGGUUCAAACAUAACCUAAGUUAAAGCUUGUAGCAUAAUGGCAAUGAGUUUCUAUUGGGAAGUCUCAGUAGAAAAGCACCUUUCAGGAAAGCUUUUAAAAAUUUAGAGAAGCCACUGGAAUGUCUUAACCAUCCAACAUGGAAAUUGAAAUUGCAGCCAGCUGUACCUUGAUGGUGGCAGAGUUGAAACCUUUAUCAAAGAGAUUAGAUAUAAAUUUUAGUAUGGAAGGAACAGGUGUUGAAAACAGAUCCAGGCCUUAGCAAUAGGCCCAAAUUGAGAACCUCCUCCCUUUACUGUGAUAAAUGUUCCUAGUUUGUCAGUUUCUGUGAAACAGAGAGAAUAUUGACUACUGUAGGAGAAAGCCUGGCAUCUCUUGCUAAUGUUAAAAUUGGAGGAACCAUAUGGUUAACUUCAUGGACUUCUGGUCCGUGGAAGGCAGUCCGGACAGGUAAGUAAGUAGAUAUGGAUAAUGACCCUACAUCCAUGAAGAAUGUACUAGAAAAGGCCACAGGAAGGGGAACCAUGUCUAUCAAGGCCAAAAAGGGGCAAUGAGGAUCACCCUGGCUUUUGCACUGCCUUGCUUUCUGGAUGAAUUUGUUCAUUGGGGGCAAAGGCAUAUUGGAAACCCCAGGCCAACUGUGGACCAGAGCAUCCUUUGGUGACUGUCUGUAUGGAGGAAUCAAGGUAAAAUACCUGCUGCAUUUUUGUUCAGACAGGAUACAAAAUGGUCACAGCAAGGCUGGCACUAGUGAAUGAAAGUGCUUUGUGGAGUGGAGAAGUUUACUCCCACUGCAGAGAGAGUCUUACCAUUCUGUUGGCUCCUGGUGAGGGUAUUCUUGGCUUUUGGUCCAAACAAGAUAGGACCAUCUUAAGGAGCAUUAACAAAGAAUGACAUAAAGCCUUUUGCAAAGUCACAAAGCCACAUCUAGGCAUGGUUGACCCAUAGUAAUGCUGGUGCCUGCUGCUCUAGCAAUACUGUCAGCUGCAUUAGCGAACGAACACAUGGCCACAUUAGAGGAGGAUUGAAGGGUGGAAAGCUGGGAGUCCACAGUUUUCCGAAGUUCUACAGGCAGCAUCUACAAAAGGGACUUGGUGCUCUCUUUGGUCAAGUCUCUCUGGAAUCUUGUUAAAUGGGCUAGAUAGUUCAGCAAUCUAAGGGUGAAAGUCAUUGAUGCAUAUGCCUGCUUCCCAAAUCUGUCCAUCAGCCUAGAUUCUCAGGAGAAUAAACAGAGGAGCUUUCUUCUGAUAGCUCGUUCUUGGUGACUGCUCCUAGCAUACACAGUAUCUACUGGUAGACCAUUACUCCAGUUCUCCCGGUUUGUAGCUGCAGAUAAUACUUGAUCAGCUGUCUUAGAGAUGGCCUGCACCACAUCAGGGUCCUUCCAUGCCUGUUGAACGAUACGGUCAAUAAGUGGGUCAACAGGAGGUACCACCCAGGGCAAUGUUCAUCUGGAACCAAAAGUUUCCAAAAAUGCUGACUCAUCCUGUUAAGGGUCUUGGACAAUCAGCUCCCUCACUGUUUCAUUAAUUGAAGAACAUCAUUGAAUGGGGCAUAUUCAGAGAGGGAGCAAGGGGAAGACUCCCCUUUGUCUAAGUCAGUAUCUUCAGUGAAAGACUCUGGGGAAGGGUCUAGGUGCUUCCAUCUUUUUGCACAUCCUUUUCUGGGGGAACAGUAGAAGGGUUAUAAUCGGACAUGGAGCAGACAAAGCAAACUUCCUCAGAAGAACUUGGUACCAGCUGUCCAAAAGGAUGAAGUGAAAGAACAGACUGCAGUUGAGGUUUGGGUGGAACUUGACUGGUUGAAGCUACCUUGUCUUUGGUAUUUGCCAAAACCCUUUCAAACUCCUUGAAGGCUGAGGCUGCUCCCAGCGCCAAUGACUCCCUCUGGUCCAAAGAAGAGAGGGAACCCUCAGCACUGAUGACCCUGCCCCAAAGUCAGUCUUGAAUCCAUGUUAACCAGGGCCAAAGCCCCAAGACAGAGCGAUGGCUCUGAGAAUCCCAGUGUUGAUUAACCCUCUCAGAACUCGGCACCAAGUCUCAUCUCAAUCUGAAGGCAUUGGAGAUGAGUGAGAGAAGGAAGCAAUCAGCAUUGAAGUUUUAAGCAGCUCCAGUGCAGUCAAAGGUGCUUUGGUUCCAGUUGGAUUCAGUAAUACCGAACCAGAUGGGUGUGUCAGUAUGGACUCCUGCAAGGGAAGGGAAGCUAAGUUGGCCAGUACUUGGUACCUUCCUAGGAGAUGGUACCGGGAUAGCACCAAGCUGGAUCUGCAUCCUCAAGAAAUUCCUAAUCAUCCUAUUGACAUUGACUUGAUAACCAAGUGGAUGCUGCCACCAAAGGUUGCCAAGAGUAUCUCUGUUCUUGCAAGAUUGAUGACUGAAGUCUUACACUCACCAGACCUCGUGAGUAACUAGUGCAAGGAGAAGGAAUUUGGGCCUGAGAGACUGUCAGAUCUGACCUUCAAGCAACCUUGGGGUCAGCACUGACCAAGGUUAUCAUUCUAGGAGACAUUUUUUGGAAGCUUUAGAGGGAGACUUGCUCCUUUCCUUCUCUCUCUCGUCCUUCGCUUUUCCUUUUUCUCUUGUCCCUGUGAUUUGGAUUUCUCUCUUUUAGAAGGGGAAAAAGUUGAAGGGAUAGCUUCUUAUCUGUGUCAAAAUGAGCCCCUUUAAAACAGAUUUGUGCCUUCAGGUCUGAAAGGCCCUUGCACUAAAUAUUGCACAAGACUGGCAGUCUACAUCAAGGUUUGUGGCACUGAAGCAAUAAGCACAUUUGGAAUGUGGGUCCUUGGCAGUUUUUGUCUUAGGUCUUCACCAUGUUGGAGACUACUGGAUUUAAAAAAUGCACACUCACACUCCGAGCAUUUUAUUUUUUAAAUCCAGUAGACUCCAACAUGGUGAAAACCUAAGAGAAAAACUGCCAAGGAUAAAGGCAGAUCAACAACAUCUGCAAGAAUAUUUAAACACACCUUUAAAUAGCCUUAAAUAGCAAUACUGAUAAUAUGAAAAAAGGGCCUAAGGCCUUCAUUAAUUUUGAUAGGCACUUAGAGUAGGCUAGCUGUCAGCACUAAGUAGAUAAAAAUCUUAACUACACUAAUGAAGAUAUUAGUGUGAGAGAAAAAGUAUCUUGGUAGGAGAGGAGGUGCAGAAAGAAAAAAAUAUGUAACUACUGUUAAAGAGCAUUGUUCAAGCGGCAAAUGAGAUCUGAGCAUUGGAGAUGGAACCUAGGCAAUUAUGGGUAGGGGAGGAGUCAGAGCCCUGGAUUCGAUAAAGCUUCAAAGUCAGCACCAAAAUCAGGUCCAACAACAGCUACAUUUGAAAUAGAUGAAAACAGACAACACUGGAUUCUGUGGUUUUCUGGCAAAUUAGGGAGGAUUGAAUUCACUAAAUAAUGACAAACAUUUGCAUUCCAGACUUCAUAUCCUUCAGAAAAUGAAUGGUAACACCAAACCUUUUAUUCUAGCAACUUUCUAAGUUUAUAAAAGCAAUGUUUAAAAUGCGUCCCUAUUUUCUGGGAGGCCUUGUCCCUCCCCCCACCCCAUUUCUUGUUCUAAUAAGUAUGCAUCUGCUAGCUAUCUAAAGACUAACUAUUAAUGUAAAUGUCUAAGGAAUGAGAGUGUCCAUUGGGUAGUUCUCAGUUUUUAGAUAGGUAAGCUUUCUCAUCAAUCAGACAGGGAUUCCCAUUCUACUGCUUUUAUACAGUCAUAUAUGUUUUAGUGUGUGCACGCCUAAGUUAUCUGCAGUGACAGUGACCUUUUUCACUUUCUAGUCAUUCCUCUGUUUUUGUUAUUUUCUUGUAUCUGACCAAACAGAGAGCUCUGAUAAGAAAUAAUGCAAACUAAAUCAUUCAUACAUUUUAAAGCUAACGUAUGUGAAAUAUACACCUUCUUAUUGUAGCUAUCUAGUACUGGAAUACCAAAGGAACUGACCUUUAUUCUGACAUGCAGUGGAUAGGUUUGUGGGUGUGUGUGUAUUAUAUAUAUAUAUAUAUAUAUAUAUAUAUAUAUACACACACACACACACACACAGAGAGAGAGAGAGAGAGAUAGAUAGAAUGAAUUGUGUGUGUGUAUCUGAUUUCCUACUUAAUCCAUCACAGAGACUAUGAAGCCAUUGAGUGUGGUAAUUUUUACAUACUGUCCACCUACAACAAACAAGCACAUUUACUUACAGAUCCAGGCAAGAAAUGUUUAAGAAAAACAAGUAUUUCAGUUUUGUUGAAAGAAAGGUGAACUGUGAGAGGGAUGAGCUACUGUGACAUAGUAAGGUCAUCCAGCACAGCUAAGGGUCCGUCAGCUAAAGAGGCAAUAUGAAGGAUGAAACAGACUAAGAACAAUGUGCCAUUUACAUAGGAAUCACAUGCUGUCUGCUUCAAAGCCUUCAAAAGUGUGACAGCUACAAUGGUCGUGGCACAGAAAAACCACUACUAGAAAAAUCCAUCCGUAAUAUUUGUUAUGAAUUCCACCUGCAAUGACCCUCCAUGAAGAAGAUUGUUUUUUAACAAUAGAAUAUUCAGUGUGUCCCAUCAGAAACAAUUAAAUACUUCCCAGCUCAUGUUAUCUAACUUUAAGAACUCAUUCAGCUCCCUAGAUGAAAAUGCAUUUGAAAAUAAAAAUGUAAUUAUGAAACAGAAAAAUAUAAUAGUAAUUACAUAUAUGCGUCUGCUAACAGAGGCUACUUUCAUAGGACUGGUUAACUACACCUGAUGUGCUACGGUUUAUAAAGGGAACUUCAUUUUCUCUUUUACCGCCUCUUAAAGGCUGGUAGAAUAAAUUGUCACAAGAACAGUGGAUUCGGUAUUUACUUACUAAACCUGUUUUCCUUGUCAGUCUUAUUUUGUCAUAACAUUCUAUCUGUAUGUUGACAUUUCCAAUUAUUUCACAUCUGUUCCUGUUUGAUCUAAAUAGGAUAAUUUAGAAAAUCAGUUUGUUGGAAAACUGGGUAUCUAAAAUCUCUGUUUUUGUUGUUUACAUGCAUGUACUAUUAAAAUGUUUAAAUGGAAUGGUAAAUGAUGGCAUACUAGGUAUUCUAAGCACCAUCACUAAAUAAAUGAGUGAGGCUGUACUCUAUUGGCAAAAGAAAGUUUUUUUUUUUCCUGAAGAGUAUUUACAUAGAGAAGUAAAGAUGUGGUACGUGGCAAUAAUGUCCUUGACUGAUACCAGUGUCAUAAUAAAUAAGAGGGCUGACGGUGAAAUCAA